AUGGUUACUGCCAUGGUGGAGCAGUGCUGGGAUGUCUACGGCUCCGCUUUGGGCACUAGACACAGUAGUACUGGUGGUGAAGUUAUGUUCAACUAUCACUAUGGCUGUCGUGAGAAUUAUAAUCCCGCCGGCAAUGAAAAGUUUAUAUGGCGAAACUGUAUUGGGCAUAAACGAGCAAGAAAACAGGCGAGAGUGUUUCUAUGGAGAAAAGACCAUUUGCGUUUCCUCAUAACGAUUAUACAAAAUUAUUUAAAGAUAACCGGCGCUGGUCAAGGAUUAGGACGCGAGCUAGCGAUUCAGUUCGCGGAGCUGGGCGCCACCGUUAUAUGCUGGGACAUCGAUGCGCGUAGAAACAAUGCCGUUGUUAAUCAGAUACGCAGCAAAGACGGCGAGUGCUUCGCCUUCACUAUAGACGUGACAGUCCGCGAGCAGGUGUCUACGCUGGCUGCGCGCAUGCGCCGGCAGCUGUCUGACGUGUCGAUGGUGGUGAGCAACGCGGGUGCCUUCUCCUGCUCGCCUAUAACGAGUUACAAGCCUGACGCCAUCGCCAAGAUUAUUGAGAUCAAUUUAAUGGCGCAUUUUUGGAUUAUCCAAGCAUUCUUACCGAACAUGAUCGAAAAGAGGCACGGACACAUCGUAGCCAUUAAUUCGAGUGCAGGUCUCCUUCCAUGUGCGGACAUGGUGCCGUAUUGCGCCGCCAAGUUUGGCCUCCGAGGUAAUUCCACCAAUAGCGAGGUACUCAUGUUAGUAUUCUAUCACUUUUCACGACCUAGGGAAAUGUCGUUAGUUACUGCGAGAAACUAA